UCUAUUUCGUUUGUGCUUGGUCCUACGUGACACUCUCAUCUAGAAUUCCAUUUUCCACUCUCUCUGCAUUUCUACUUCUCGUUUAUCCCAAAACAGUGUAUCCCUUUUGCCGCGGCGAAUGUGACAAGAUGCCGAGAAUGGAGGACAUUCUGAACCUUCCAGUGCAAGACCCUGUUUGUCCCGAGUUUUCUGCUGCUCACAUAAAUUGGGUUAAAUUGGAAGGUGGUCGCCAAGGUGGUGAUGAUAUUGCCCUCAUUCCUUUUGCCAGAGUUGAUGAUUUUGUGAAAGGUGAAUCAUCCAACCCCGAAUGUCCUGCGAGUUUCCGGGUAGAAUCGAGAAGGAAGAGACCUGUAGGCAGCAUUGCCAAACCAAGGGUUGAUGGUUAUCUCGAAUACACACUAUACUGGUGUUCUUAUGGUCCUGAAGACUACCGAGAGAGUGACUCGGGUGUAGGGGAUGGCACGAGCACCAAACCUGCUUCAGGGAAGGGGAGUAGGCCAGGUCGGCGUCAUAUGAUGAGAGGGUGCCUUUGCCAUUUCACUGUUAAGAGACUGUACACCCGGCCCCUCAUUGCGCUAAUCAUAUAUAACCAAAGAAAGCACGUGGAUAAAUCAGGGGCGCCAUGUCAUGGGUUACUUGACAGGGAUGCAGUAGGGACAAGAGCUAUGUAUGCUCCACGAAUUUCGGAUGAGUUACGCCAGAAAGUGAUGUAUAUGCUUUAUGUUGGAAUAUCUUUGGACAAGAUAAUACAACACCAUGCAGAGGGGAUGCAGAAGCAAGGUGGGCCCCAAAACCGUGAUGAUUUCCUCACUCGAAAUGAUGUGCGUAACAUGGAAAGGACUAUUCGAAAUUCUUCUCAUGAGCUACAUGAAAAUGAUGAAUACAGUGUAAAGAUAUGGAUUCAGCGCCAUCAGAAGCAUGUUUUUUAUUUCCAAGAUAACUCAGGUUCAGAACCAUUUGUCUUGGGUAUACAGACAGAUUGGCAGCUGCAACAAAUGCUUCGUUAUGGAAAUAAUAGUUUCCUUUCUUUUCAUUCGAGUUUUGGCUUGAAGAAGAUUAAGUAUCCCGUAUGUUCUUUACUUGUUUUCAAUGCAUCUCAAAAUGCAAUUCCGGUUGCUUGGAUCAUCACUUCAUCUUUUGUUGGUAAAGCUAUUCAUAAAUGGAUUCUAUUGCUAUCUGAAAAAUUGCGAACCAAGGAUCCCAGAUGGAGGCCCAAUGCUAUUGUGGUUGAUGAUCCAUCUUUGGACUAUUCUAUCAUAAGAGAGGCUUUCCAGUGUCGCAUCCUAUUAUGUUCCUGGCAUGUUCGCCGUUCUUGGAUUAAAAAACUUUUCAAAAAAUGCUGCAACAUUGAGGUGCAAAGGGAGAUGUUUAGGCACUUGGGAUGGAUUCUGUACUGUACAAGAGGUUGGCCGAAUGCCAUGGAUGCAGUUGAAGAGCUUAUGCAAAUUUUUGUCGACCAGUGUGCCUUCAUGGACUAUUUCAAGAGCCACUGGCUAGCUAGUAUAGAUAUGUGGAUUAAUGCCAUAAAAUCACUCCCCGUGACAACUCCUGAGACACAUGCUGCAAUAGAAUCCUAUCACCUAAAUUUAAAAUCCAUUCUUUUGAAGGAGAAUUAUGCUAAUUUCUGGUUAAGAGUUGAUUGGUUGAUCCACACUUUAACUACUGAAUUUCACUCGUUAUACUGGCUAGAUCAAUACAGUUUAGAGACUGGGUAUUUUGAGAAUCUACGGAACAAUUCUUUCUCAUCUAAUGCUUGGUAUCAUGCUCUUCAAAUUCCAGAUGUGGAUGUCAUACUGGAUGAGCAAAAUCUCCAUCUUUCCAAAGUUUUGUCUCAGACUGACAGAAGUUUAAUGUAUACAGUUUGGAAUCCUGGUUCAGAAUUUUCACUUUGUGAUUGUUCCUGGUCCAGGCUGGGAAACCUCUGUAAACAUGUCAUCAAGGUGGCCACUUUCUGCAGAAGCCGACAGGUUGCAAGACCAUCAUUGUCUGCUCAAGUUUAUAAACAGGCUUUGCUGACUCUUCUUCAUAAUCCUCCUGAUGAUCCUUUAGUUCUGGAUCAUACAAUUCUACAUGUGACCCGUUUGCAACAAGACAUUAAAGCCUUGGAAGAAUUGUCCAACAGUGGAUUGCUCCAGCCUAUAGCUCCUGAUUUGAGUUCUCCAAUGACUGAAAAUCCUCUUCCUUUUCAGCGCAUCCAGAAAGGAUAAAAAGGGAUAUAACCGUGCUUUCAACGAGGUUCCAUAACUAUUUGGUCCAUGAAACCACAACACUCUUUGCAGAAGUUACAGUCUUGAAGUGCUACUUAUGGUCCGAACAUUUAUUUGUAAAGCAUUCUUGACCUUCCAAAUACAGUGUAGGUGGAGUUUGACCAAUGGUUAUCGGAAGUUUGAGGAUGAAGAUGAACUCCAGGGAGCCAAAAGAAAUGAGAAGGGAAGGAACAACCCAGUCUAGGUUAUGUUGAGGUUCAUAAAUGCAUUGAGACUUUAAGGUGUUUUGCAGAUCAAACCACCACGCAGUCAGUGUCGUGAUCAUUGGAAGAGAUAUUCAUUUGAUAUGGUGUCUCUUGGUGUAGGAUACUCGGGUGAUAAGUCGUUAGAUGUCACAUGAUAAAAGGUGCGAAGAAAUGUGAACCAAGACGUGCGCUUAGGCAAUGAGCCCUGCCACAUGAUAAAAGAUGAGCCCUGCCACAUGAUAAAAGAUGCGAAGAAAUGUGAACCAAGACGUGCGCUUAGGCAAUGAGCCCUGCCGAUCCACCUUACUUAAGUUCAACAUGAGCAUCAUCAGAAGAGAUAUUACUCUCUCUAAAAAGAAAAGAGACUUGCACGGUUGAGGUAUCCAAAAGUACAGUUUGAGAUCGAUUGAAAUUUAUGGGGCAUUGUUUUUUGUUCUACCCAUAAGGGGGUAUGCUCAUAAGGGGCUUCUUGAAUAAGGUAAUUUUUAAGCAAUUUGUCAAAAAAUGUAAAAUAAAAUAAUAAUAAUAAUAAUAAAUACUAGUUAAGAGUA